AUGGCGGAUCCAGUGGUGCUACAGCUCGAGAAAACGAUCACCUCCUUCGCGCUCGCCUUCCCUAACCGCCGUCGUUCUGCCCCCGGAGAUUCGUCGCGUGACGAUACCGGUGUUCCCUCUAUGGACCCCGAGCGUGCGGUUGAAAGAGAACGCCAGCUCGCCGAACGUGUGCGUGAGCAUGAGCGAAAAGAAGCUGCGCGGAAGCCCUUGACGGAGGAAGAGAAACAGGCAUCAGCCAAGGCAGAGUACGAAAAACUGCUGAAUAUGCGAUCCGGUGGUACCUAUAUCCCACCGGCCAGGCUCCGUGCUCUGCAGGCUCAGAUUACGGACAAGUCGAGUAAGGAGUACCAGCGCAUGGCAUGGGAAGCGCUGAAAAAGUCGAUCAACGGUUUGAUCAACAAGGUCAACGUCUCGAACAUCAAGUUCAUUGUUCCUGAACUCUUUGCCGAAAAUCUGCUCCGAGGCCGCGGCCUGUUUUGCCGGUCAAUCAUGAAAGCCCAAGCGGCCAGUUUACCCUUUACACCCAUUUAUGCUGCCAUGGCUGCGAUCGUCAACACGAAAUUACCUCAAGUGGGCGAACUUCUUCUAUCCCGCUUGAUCGUCCAGUUCCGCAAGGCGUUUAAGCGAAACGACAAAGCUGUCUGCAUCUCUUCCACGACUUUUAUCGCUCAUCUAUGCAAUCACCUGGUCGUCCACGAAAUGCUCCCCGCUCAAAUUCUUCUCUUGCUCUUGAACAAGCCGACCGAUGACAGUGUGGAGAUUGCGGUGGGCCUUACCCGAGAAGUUGGACAGAAGUUAGAAGAAAUGAACCCCACAAUCGCCCUUGGAGUGUUUGACAAGCUCCGAAGCAUCCUACAUGAGGCCGAUAUCGACAAGCGGUCACAGUACAUGAUUGAAGUUCUUUUCCAGGUCCGCAAAGACCGAUACAAAGAUAAUCCCGCGAUCAGGGAGGAGCUUGAUCUGGUCGAGGAGGAGGAUCAGAUCACUCAUCAAUUCAGUCUGGACGACAAAAUUGAAACACAGGAUUCCCUGAAUAUUUUCAAAUUUGACCCCGAAUGGGAAAAAUCUGAGGAGGAUUACAAGAAUCUCAAGGCAGAUAUCCUAGGCGAGGAUAGUGACGAGGAUGAGGACGAGGACGAGGACGACAGCUCCGACGAAGAAUCCGAUGCAGAGGAGCAACAAAUGGACAUUAAGGACCAAAGCAAUACCGAUCUGGUCAACCUGCGCCGAACGAUCUACUUGACAAUCAUGUCCAGUGUGGAUUUCGAAGAAUGCUGUCAUAAACUUAUGAAGAUUAACCUACCUGUGGGUAUGGAGCCGGAACUACCCUCGAUGAUCAUCGAGUGUUGCUCCCAGGAGCGCACAUACUCCAAAUUCUACGGCCUGAUCGGUGAACGAUUCGCGAAGAUCAAUCGCUUGUGGUGCGAUUUGUUUGAGACUGCCUUUGCCAAGUAUUACGACACAAUCCACCGCUACGAAACGAACCGUCUUCGCAACAUUGCGAAGUUCUUCGGGCACAUGCUUAGCAACGACGCCAUUGGAUGGCAUGUUCUAUCGGUCAUCCACCUCAAUGAGGUAGAGACUACGUCCAGCAGCCGUAUCUUCAUCAAGAUUUUGUUCCAGGACCUCGCAGAGCACAUGGGCCUCCCCGCGCUUCAAUCGCGGUUCCGCGACGAGAUCCUGAUGCCAAGUUUCGAGGGUUUAUUCCCCCGAGAGGAUCCCCGCCACACUCGUUUCUCGAUCAAUUAUUUUACCAGCAUUGGUAUGGGUGUGCUUACAGAGGACAUGCGAGAGUAUCUCAACAACCUCCCUCGUCCGACUGCCCCUGCUCUUCCUCCUGCUCGAUCUCCUUCUCGGUCGUCAAGCCGGUCUUACUCCACAUAUUCUCGCUCCUCACGAUCCCGAUCCCCAUCCCGGACCGAGGCCGCUCCUACUCUCGUUCCAUUACUCCUUCGUCGAGGGGACGGAGCUACACACCUUCCCGUUCGCGCUCUCCUGUCCGACGCAGCCGUCGUAAUGCUUCUUACAGUCGGUCUCGCUCGCCGGCUGAUCGGUCUCGGUCUCGGUCUCGGUCUCGGUCUCGGUCUCGGUCUCGGUCUCGGUCUCGGUCCCGAUCACCCGGAGUCCGCGUCGCUCAGUUUCGCGAUCUGUGACCCCACCCCGACGUGGACGAGCUUCCUACACCCGACGGAGCCGAAGUUAUUCGAGGCUAUUCCGAAUCUGUUUCGCCGCCACCUCGUCGCAGACGGCACUCUUCCUCUCGUUCUCCAAGCCGCACCCCUCCGAGGCGCCGGGGUGAUUCACAUGGACGAAGCUACUCGAGAACACCUCCUCGUCGCCGCUAGGUAA